CGCCUGCUGCGCAAACCCACCUGAAGGGACUGACGAGCCAAGGAGAGCGCUCGCCUGCUGUGCGGGUGCGUGACUGAGAGAAUCAUGCUAGGCCAGGAUGGCGGCCUCUCACUCACCAUUGCCCAGAUCGUGCAGAGGUUGAAGGGCUCCGGACUUCACUCGCAGCUGGAACGACAGGCCCGGCUCUGUCUACACAAUCCAGAGAUUAAGCUGGAAUCCUUGAAGGAAGACAUUAAGGAAUUUCUGAAGGCAUCAGGAUGGGAAAAGAAGCUACAGAAUGCUGUUUAUAGUGAACUCAGUGUUUUCCCAUUACCAUACCAUCCAUCAGCACCUCCUGAACACAUGAAAGAAUCCUUGGCUUACAUGAGGAAAGCCCAGGGAAACUGGGAAAAACGUAUUCUGAAGAGCCUAAAUAAUAUGUGCACAGAACUUGGCAUUCCAUUAGCACAAAAGAGAUCAGUGAAUGAGCAAAAAGAACUUCUAAAUAAAUGGAAUGAAAUGGGGACAGACGAGCCAGAUCUAAGCCUCUUCCGGCCUGUUUAUGCACCUAAAGAUUUUCUUGAGGUACUGAUGAACCUUCGCAAUCCGAAUUAUGAAAACAAUGAGCACCCUAGUUUUAGAAACCACUUGGGAUUAAUUCAGGUUCCAUUGAAAGUAAAGGAUAUCCCUGAACUGAAGGAAUAUUUCAGCGAACUAGACUUGAACAUGGGCCAGUUGGAUAUUGAUGAUUCUGCACAUGUGCCUCCAGAACUCUUUGAAAAUGAGCAUGUGCGUAUUGGUCAAAAAGUUCUGAUUGAGCAGGAUAGUGCAGCAGCUCAACAAUAUGUUCGGCAGGGAUGUCCAAAUUCACUACGAGCUGAGUUGUGGGCAUUGAUUCUGAAUAUUUCGAGUCAACCUGAGGAUAUUUUGUACUAUGAACAACUCAAGUCAAAUGUGAUCCAGCAUGAUCUUUUGGUGGACAGUCUGAUAUAUAAAGAUGUGAAACUAACAGCCAGUAAUGAUGACUACUACUUUGUGUUUGAGGAUUAUUUAUAUCAGGUAUUACUUUGUUUUUCUCGAGAUACCUCAGUAUUGGAACACUUUGCAUACAAUAGUGCUACUCCACCCAAGUCAUACAUUCGAGGGAAACUUGGAAUGGAAGAAUAUGCUGUAUUUUAUCCACCAAAUGGUGUAAUUCCUUUCCAUGGUUUUUCAAUGUAUGUUGCUCCACUUUGUUUUCUGUAUAACGAGCCUUCUAAGUUAUAUCAGAUAUUUCGUGAAAUAUAUGUGCGUUAUUUCUUCAGACUUCAUUCCAUCUCUUCUCAUCCUUCUGGAAUUGUAUCAUUAUGUUUGCUGUUUGAGACCCUUCUUCAAACUCAUCUACCACAGUUGUUUUAUCAUCUGAGGGAAAUUGGAGCACAACCUCUAAGAAUAUCUUUUAAAUGGAUGGUACGAGCAUUCUCUGGUUACUUAGCUACAGAUCAACUCCUGUUUUUAUGGGACAGAAUUCUGGGAUACAACUCUCUGGAAAUUCUUGCUGUCCUGGCAGCUGCUGUGUUUGCUUUCCGAGCAGUGAAUCUAAUGGAGGUGACAUCAUUGGCUGCAGCUGAAGCAACCUUACAUGGGAAAAAGAGAUACUUAAUGUUUGCAGUGCAACUGUAUGCAUAUCUACUCAGAUGGAAGCCCCCUUGAAUUCAAUGAGGCUUGCAUCCAGGCUGUACUUGCUGAUCUUUCAACUCUAAAAGUUAUGCCUCUUCUUCAGAUUUUUCUUUUUGCCACUGGUGCUUGAUCAUCCUCAGAACUGCUGAACUGCAUUGCUAGACUUUCAUCAGAAGCUAAUAAUAAACUAUGCAACACUUUCAUUACAUAAGGUUCAAGCAUUAAUGAACAAAGUUCUGCAAGAAUUGAAUUUACACUUCUCACUUGGAAACUCCCCUCACAAUGUUUCUCUAUGUAAAUUUAGCAGUCCUGCAUGCUGCUGAAUUUUAGCUAAACUGCCGUUUUUGGAUGUAGUGCAAGUCCAAUCACUGCCUUAAGUAAUAUCCCUUAAUAUCACAUGAAUGCAUGAAAUACGAAUUUUAGUAAGAACAAAAGAACUCAUAACAAGGCUAAUCUCAGUGCUGCAUUCUGCAAUUAUUAGGCUGAAGAAUAUGGUCAGGAAUUAUAAUACGUUACUCAGUCACACCAUUUAUCAUCUUCUAAAUCCUGCAAUACUUGAAAAAAGUAUUUAAAGAAUUUAACUUUAAAAAUCCAGCUCUUUCUAUGAAAUGUCAUGGCAAUAUCUCUCUUGGCAAUCUUUCUAUAAUCUUUCUGAUAGGAGAAACUUACUGUUUUAUUUUUCUUGACUGCAGGCAGAUGUUUUUAGAGUUUUGGAUGACAGAAGUAUCGUUUUCUGUGGUGUGUACAGUUUUGACCAAGAGGUUUUGAAACACUACCAAAAUGUGUAAAACCUAUUUGACUUAAACGAUGACUGGCAAUAUACUGCUUUCAGUUCUCUUGAAGAAACUUGCAUUCUGCCCUUCCAUACUUUUAUCUCACACUUUCUCCUCAAUUCUUUCUGGUUCUGCUUGGGAAAGCUUUAUGUUACAGCUCUGCACAGACACAGCUUUUUUCAGAACCUAUCAUAGCCUUUCUGUACAUGAGCCAAAAGAGUUGCUUGUGAAUGACGUCAGGAGUUAUCUCCCCCAACUUCCACCUCCUCUUUAGGAGCUGAAUGUGCUGCCUCUGCCUGUUUCACAGCCCCUGCUGGUCUGGGAAGGUGUGUAUCAACUUGCUGAGUCGAGGCUUGUAUUCCUGUGUGACUUGAGUUGUGCUACUUCUGGGAGUGACAAUCUGCUGCUAAUGAUGAGUUGUUUCCCUUCACUCCAGGGACCCCGUGAGCCUCCCUAAAAGCCUAAUUCAUUACCAGAUUAUUCUAAUUUAAUCACAUACAGCUGUCAGCCAAGAUUGGAUGUCAAGACAUUCUUAUAUUAAGUUAUAUAAUUGAUGCCCCCUGGAAAUUCCCGUCAAUCUGUGUCCUUAGGUCCAUUUUGUACUUGCAAUUCCCAGUAGCUUAAAGAUAGAACUUGCCAUACUUUAAAAUCAAAACGAAGCUUUAUGACUGGCCUUCAAAUGCCAGUGUGUUCUAUCUUACUCAGUAUUUAAGUUCCAUAGACAGGAGAAUGACAUUUAAUUGUGGCUUUUCAUAUGAUCCACAAAAUACUUCAGUAGCACACACCCUGUUUCACAAGGGGCUUGCACUAGGGGUUUGUGUCAAAGAUCCCUUUGUUCACCUGAAACAUACAUUUGACAUUCUCAUUCAGAUUCUGACUUCCUAGAAAAAGUGAAAAAUGAUUUCAAGUCUAAAUCCAGAUACUUGCUUAUAUGCAUGUAAGAGAGUGGCAACCUAACUAUUACUAUAUGUUCAUUUUUUGAAACUGCAUUACUUGUAAGAUGAAGCUGGAUAAUUUAACAUGUUUUAUUUAUGGUACUGAACAUCACAAAUCUUUUGUUGUGGAGCUUUAUUUGCAUUGACAU